AUUUCUUGCACAGGGUAGGGCUCUUUAUCAUGCAGAGACUGUUUCCGGCGGGCGGCAUUAGCUGUAACACCUCACUCGGAGCCUACUGCGCGGGAUUUCUUAUGCUUCCGCGUUUGCGGUUUCUCAAUUGGUUCUGUUCUGCAACGGUGGCCCUUGCCAGAGUCCCGAAAUGCCUUGUUCAUGGCUAAAGGAAUACCAGUGGAAGCAGUAGAUACUCAGUUUAAUAACCGGUAACAGUGUGCCCAGUUCUGAUCAAAAGAGUUAAAAGAUCGCUGAAACUGGAUGAUAUGGUUGAAGAAAAUGAGCCAAAAAUUUCUCUGUUGCCUGCUUCAUGAUCACUUCCCCCGACAGGACUGCCUUACCAGACUACAGCCCUCUUGCAACUUGAUGAGCUGGUGGUCAUUCGGUCCUUCAAAAAUCACAAGGAAGAAAAGUAUUACAGCUUAUUCUCCAACUACUGGAACUUAUCAAAUGAGCCCAUUUUCUUCUCCCACAACCCCCAAAGAACAAGAGCACAGAAAUGGACCAUCAAAUGGAACAAGAAAACUGAAUAGCUUCAGCUCACCUGCAGGAAAGGAAUCCAUAGCAAAAGACAGUGAUGAAUUUACGACGCUGCUCUCUACAAUUGAGAGAUCAUCAGAAAAAACUGUGGAGAUAAUGAAAAAUUUAAGUAGUAUACAGGCUUUGGAGGGCAACAGACAGCUUGAAGAUCUCAUUGGCAUUUCCCUAGUACCAUGUGUCUUAAAAGGAGAAGCAAAGAAAACCAAAGAACUAAUGACAAAAGUAACAAAACAAAAACUACUCAAAAAGAAGAAUUCAAGAAUUCCUCCCAAAGAACAUCAUCUGGACAGCUUUGCAUUCCUGAAAGCCAUUUUGAACUGAGUGUUCCCUCCCAAGUCUGACAACUGUGUCGAUCUUUGUGGGUGUUAGUCAACCCAUAAGAAUUCAGACCAGACUGAAAUAAAGAGCCAGCGAAAGUAGACUGUCGAGUUUGGAACCCACCUUCUAAGACAGGAAGUAUACUAUAUGUGGAUUUUCCCAAUUGAAAAAAUAAAGGAGUCUACUGUGCACUUCA